UCGAUUUUGAGAUGUGAGUAAAUGGUGUCUACUUUUAUAUUUACUGUCAACUUCAUGCUUCCACGCUGGUCUCCAACCAACAUGUUGCUGACAGGUUUUCGACAUGUGUUCCUCUGUUUCAUCUUCUACAUUUCAGAUGUUAAUGGAGGAGAAACCAGGAUCUGUGCUUUCAAAGGUUCACCAGUCGAUCUGCCCUGCUCAGAUCAACAUCUGACUUCAAGCAGAAAAUGGUUCACUAUAGACUGGGAUGGUUACAAGUAUCUUCAGAGUGAGCUCUCUGUGGAUGGACACCGUGUAAUGUACAUGUCUGAAGAGAAAAACCCAACUUUAACCAUCAAUGAUCUAAGAGAGAGUGAUGCAAACACUUACUGCUGCAUGAAGACUACAGACAGUCCAGGACGCUGUUGGUUCAAUAGAAUUACUCUCCAGGUUGUUACAGAGCUGCAGGUAAAGGUGAUUCCUGCCACAGAGGGACAGACAGUAACACUGAUGUGCAGCAGCAGCUGUCCUCUGACUGAAAAGCCUGCAGCCUACAUCUGGUACAAGAACAGAGAGUUUCUCUAUGAGGACUGGUCUCCCUGGUACCAAGAGCUGCUCAGCAGUGAGGAAGCAGUCACAUACUCCUGUGCUGUCAAAGGCUACGAGGAUCUCAGAGCCCCUGAAGUCUCUGUGGAUUCCAUCGCACAGACAUGCUUCAGUGUGACUUAUGCUUAUGGAAACAUGUGUUCUUAUAAACAGACAUCAGUGGAUGAGCCGUGCACCAUCACAUACCCCAGAGAGGUUCAUGUUCAAAGAGUUUCUUCCACCUCAGAGUUUGUAACACUGACCUGUAACACCAGCUGUAACCUGACUGACCAUCAAACUGUCUACAUGUGGUAUCACAACAAAAGAAACUAUCAUGAGAAUCAACAUUUUUCAACUCAUAACUCUUCAAGAGACACAUUCUCUUGUGCAGUUAAAGGCCACAAACAUCUUCAAUCUAAGGAAGCUUGUGUUCAGGAUAAAAACUGCUGGAGAGUGAAUUAUGUCAGCAGGAGAAUCUGUGCUCUGGAAGGAUCUUCAGUGAACAUCACAAGUGAAUACUCACAUCCUGAUAACAGGAAGCCAAAGUUUAAAUGUUGGAGUAAAAAAUGGAGAAAAGAUAAAGUGGAAGUUGAAGAGGUGAUUGAGGCUGCAGGUCGUGUGGAGUAUCAGGACAACAUGAAGAACCAACACAUCCUGACCAUCAACAACCUGAAGAAGAAUGACUCAGGAGGAUACACAUUCAGAUUCCAGAAAGAUCAUGAAGGAUGGACACAGUCUGAUCUGCCUGGAGUCUUUUUGAUUGUCACAGAGCUGAAAGUGAAGAUGAGUCCUUCUGCAGUGGUGACAGAGGGUCAGAGAGUCACACUGACCUGCAGUACCAGCUGUCCUCUGACUGACAACACAAACUACAUUUGGUACUUGAACAGUCGACCUCUGACCCCGAGAGAGAACCAGAACAAACAUCUGAUCCUAGACCCAGUCAGCAGGGAGGAUGCAGGAAGCUACUCCUGUGCUGUGAAAACCAACGAAGAUAUCAGCUCUGCUCCAAAGACUCUCACUGUCCAAAGUAUCACAGGAACAUGGACACCAGCAGCUGCAGGAGUUUCUGCAGCUCUGCUGCUUUUAAUACUUCUCACUGUCUGCUGGUGGAGGAGAAAAAAGAGGAUUUCAAACCAGCCUUCAAGAAGUGCAACACUAGGCAACAAACAGCAGGUGAACCCUGAUCCCAUAUAUGAAAACAUCCCAAAUCAUUAUUGCAGACUGCACCUACCUAUGACCCACACAACUGAUCUUUACUGCAAUAUUGACCCACUGCCUGUUCACUAAAGUAACUUUGUUACCAUAGUGAUUUAAAGGGCCUUUUUCUCUUAUAGCUUCCACAACACAGCAGCGACACCACAUUUGGUGGACCUGCCAAUGGUUUUCAUACUGUUGUGGAAGUUUUCCAUUUAAAUAAAGCCUGCAGACGAGUGGUAGCUAACAUUCUUUAAUCAAAAACAAAGAACAGACA